AAAAGAGACAAACAAGACAGAAUUGGAUGCCGCAAGAAGUAAAUUUCAAUUUGAUGGUCCAGGUUCAUUUAAAUUCAACUUGAAGGCUGUCAGUACAUUGGAUCAAGAUAUUAAUUAUAUCGAGGGCUACAUUCGUAUGAAAGAUGCAGAAAAGAGCGAUUAUGGUGCUCUAUUGCUGACUGGCGGCAUUCAUUUCUUGAGCAAUGGAUCUCUUUAUUUAAUGGCUGUUCCAGAUGGACGCUCUAUUCCCCUUCAAGAUUUACUACAUAUGUUACCAUCCAAUAAGACACUGGUUGCUGCCAGAAGUGUGCUCAAUGAACAAAUUGAUAAAAGAAUUGAAGAGAUCAAAGAAGAAUCCUACUGGGAUUGGCAGACUACAGAAGAAGAACAUUCAGAUGAAAUACCUUUUCAAUGUAACUUUCAGCUAUUUGCUCAACUUCAUCCUGUUCCCUCUUAUAUUAAGAUUUCUGAAUUACUUGAAUACGAAAGAGAACUUCAAUAUCCUCAAGGUAUCUCAACCAUUGAUCCACCACCAUUUCUCUUAUCAACCGAGAUGUAUUCUCCAAACUGUCAAUUGCUACUUUCAAGCCGAAAAGACAAAGGCAUCAAGAUUGAACACUAUUAUAACAAAGCAGUAACUUAUGCUGGUAUGGCUAGUCUUAUUGCAGUCAUUCAAAUAUUUUCUUUGAUUCAUCAAAUGGAAUACACACCCACACCUUCGAGCGUCUCUAACGUAUCUUAUUGGACUAUUGCUAUGCAAGCCAUCAUGGACGGUUAUUUGUGCUUGUUGCAUUUAACAACGGGUGUUGUCGUUGAAAAUGUGUUUGUUCCAUUCGCUACAGCUGCAUUCUUUACCUUUGUUCUUGUCUCCAUCUUUGGCAUGCGAUAUUUACUGGUUGUUUGGCGAAUUCAGCGACCAGAAUCUAUCCGAGCGAGUCAACCUUCUUCGCCAACACCCGAGCAACAACAACAGCAGCAGUCGGCAGAUACCCAAAAUUUAUUGCCUGUUGCUAAUGUAAGAAGACCUAAUCCUUCUGAAGAAAACAAUUCACAUCGAGAAAUUACAUUCUUGUACUAUCGUCUAUAUGCUGUUUUGUUGCUAGGUUUAUUCUUAUUCUAUCAAUCCGUAACACGGUCUGCCUUUGUUCAAAAUAUUAUUAUAGGUUCUCUUGGUCUGUUGUUUUAUUCCUUCUGGAUACCACAAAUUGUGCGUAAUGUAUUCAGAGGCUGCAGACAUCCUUUAAGUUAUCGCUAUGUACUUGUGAUGAGUAUCACUCGUCUCUCUAUGCCUUUAUAUUUCUAUGGCUGCCCAGAGAAUCUAAUAGGCCAUGAAACAACACCUUGGGUCUAUGCACUUGUUACCUACAUCGCUUUACAAGUACUGAUUCUCUUCCUUCAAGAUUCUUUUGGCCCUCGUUUCUUUGUCCCUUCCAAGUAUUUGCCUCAAACUUAUGAUUAUCAUCCUAUUGUGAAUAACACAGAUGAAGAAGCAGAAGAGCCCAACCAUCCACCUAAAGACUGUGCUAUCUGUAUGCUGCCUAUUGACUUGAAUCAAGCAGCCCAUUCAAGUUUAAAUGUGUUAUCAAGGACAAACUAUAUGGUGACACCUUGUCAUCAUAUGUUCCAUACUGAAUGUUUAGAAAAGUGGAUGAGAAUCAAACUGGAAUGUCCUGUUUGUAGAGCUUAUCUUCCAGCCUGCUAAUCUCCCCCCUUUUUUCUUCUUUAUUUGUGUAUAUUUUAUAGCAUAUCAUGCUCAUAUAUCUUUCUAUUAUCAACAUUUUUGGCAUCCAGAGGAUCAAUGGUAGCCGCACUGCUCUUGAUAGAAAGAUCAGAGUGUUGUUUCUUGAUGAUAAAACUAUUUCUUUUUCGAGGUGAUGAUUUGGGUUGUUCUGACUUGAAUAAAUCAUGCUGUAAUGUGUUUGUGGGUGAUUCGACAUUGUUUUCCAGGAUCCAUUUGAAUUUGGUAUUGGUCGUUUUAGGACUAGAAAGUUGAAGAUCAGGAUCAGAGAGUAAGUCUUCAAUACGAUACUUGAUUUGUUGUUUGGGUGGUGUAGGGUUAGCAGGCACAUAAGGUAAUGGUUUGUUUUCAAU